AUGAGACCACCCUUGCAUUUGCUGCGGCACAUUCAAACUCGCGGUAGUCUCGCAGCAAGAUGCUUCACUUCCGCUGCAAUAUGCCCCAGUGGGCGGACAGCACCUUUCCGAUUAUCACAAAGCGACCUACAUAAUAACAAUGCCUCUACAUUAUAUUUCCUUUCCUCGCGGCGACCUCACAGCUUCCUUGACCAGCUAUCGAGGAGCGCCUUUUCUACAACGCCCCACGCGAACGCCAUCAGUUUCAGAGACUUAAAAUCAGAAGACAAGCCAAAGGACUCCCCAAGACAAGAAGCAAAGUCAGGUGCAGAUAAAGGAGCUCAUAAGCAAGAGCCAGCAUCGGAGGAAACGGAGAGUCCUGCAGAGCGGGCAUAUCGAGAGGCUCAAAAAGAAAGCGAGAAAGAGCGGGAGAGUCGUCACUCAAGUACCAAAGAUGAGUCCACCAAAAGCGAGAAAGAAGACGAGACAGGCAAUGGUGAAAAGAAGCAAAAAAAGAAAGAAGAGCCGCCACCUCCACCUCCACAUGGAAACAAAUCACCCUGGCAGGUCUUCACAGAAACACUGCAAUCUGAGUUCCAGGCCUCCAAAGAAUGGAACGAGUCUACAAAAGCGCUUUCGCAUUCAGCACAUCAAUUUACAGAGAAUGAGUCCGUGAGAAAGGCUCGAGAAGCGUCCAGCCGUGCAUAUGGGGCGGCCACAUCAGUAACGGGCUCGGCGCUCAAAGGGACGGGAAAGGUAUUAGGACAAAGCGCUGCAUGGACUUGGGAUUCAACAGUCGUCAAAGGGGUACGGUCUGGCGUUAACGCUACCGGUCGAGGGAUUGACGCAGCUACAAAACCUGUAAGGGAGACCAAGGUCUAUAAGAGUGUCAAAGAUGUCAUCGAUGAUGGCAGCAGCUCAAGAUAUGGCGGCUGGGUAGAAAAAGAGGAAAGAAGGAAAAAACGCGAGCUGAGGGAAUUGAAAGACUCUGGAGGGUUGCCAGGCAAGCGGGCGGAGAAGAUGGAGGAAGACCCAGAUGCCGGCACAAACGUCACCCUGCAUAAAGAUUCCAAGUUCCAUCAAACAUGGACCAACUUCAGAGACUCCAACCGACUCAUGCAGUCCCUCUUCUCCCUCAAGUCGAGCUACAACGAAUCCGAAAACCCCCUCGUCUCAACAGCCCGCAGCAUCACGGACCGCGUCGCUGGUUUUUUCGCCGAAAAUGAAACUGCUCGGGUCAUCAAAAAAUUCCGUGAAAUGGACCCAUCAUUCCAAGUAGAACCCUUCCUCCGCGAAAUGCGCGAAUAUAUCCUCCCCGAAGUUCUUGACGCCUACGUGAAAGGGGACACCGAGACCCUCAAGCUCUGGCUCUCGGCCGCGCAAUACCAGGUCUACGCCGCCCUGACCCAGCAAUACACUGCUGCCGGCCUGAAAUCCGAUGGACGCAUACUAGACAUACGGCAUGUCGACAUACUGUCUGCCCGCAUGCUCGAACCAGGAGAGAUACCGGUCUUCAUCAUCCGGUGCCAAACGCAAGAAGUUCAUGUUUACCGAAAUGCCAAGACAAACGAGCUAGCUGCUGGUAUGGAGGAUAGGGUGCAGCUUGUCACUUAUGCCCUUGGGAUAACAAGGACGCCGGAAGAUGUCAAUAAUCCGGAUACGAGGGGGUGGCGAUUGAUCGAGCUGCAGAAGAGUGCUAGGGAUUACAUAUGA